GCGUCUCUGAGCCAGUUGCUGGUGAAUCAGAACCAACCGUCAGGUGAUUCCUGCCAGUCAGCUGACCUGCUGUGGACAUCUUUUAGAGUCACGACUGCGGAGAUUAAUUCAAACCGUCUCCUCUGUCAUUCUCGGGCCUCGGUGCACCUUAAACAGCCGUGACCAUGGCGCUCAGCGAUGCCGACGUUCAGAAGCAGAUUAAACAUAUGAUGGCCUUCAUAGAGCAGGAGGCCAAUGAGAAGGCAGAGGAAAUUGAUGCAAAGGCAGAGGAAGAGUUCAACAUCGAGAAGGGCCGUCUGGUCCAAACCCAGCGGCUGAAGAUCAUGGAGUACUACGAGAAGAAAGAGAAGCAGAUUGAGCAGCAGAAGAAGAUUCAAAUGUCAAACCUGAUGAACCAGGCUCGACUGAAGGUGCUGAAGGCCCGCGACGAUAUGAUCUCAGAUAUGCUGAAUGAAGCUCGCCAGAGGCUUGCUAACAUCGCUAAAGAUCCAGCUAGGUACCCAGCUCUGUUGGAUGGUUUGAUCCUGCAGGGUUUCUAUCAGCUGCUAGAGCCCAAAGUGACGAUCCGCUGUCGUAAGCAGGACAUUCAGUUGGUACAGGCGUCCAUCCAGAAGAACAUCUCCAUUUAUAAAGCAGCAGUGAAGAACAACCUGGAGGUCCGGAUUGACCAGGACAACUUCCUCUCUCCAGAUGUAUCUGGAGGUAUUGAGAUCUAUAACGGCGACGGAAAAAUCAAAGUUUCCAACACCCUGGAGAGCAGACUGGACCUAAUGGCUCAGCAGAUGAUGCCCGAGAUCCGAGUGGCUGUCUUCGGCGCCAACCCGAACCGCAAGUUUUUGGACUGAGAUCCUUCGUUGUGCUCGAGACAAAAAGCUCCUUUUUAUUUUCUACAUGUCAUACGGGAGAUAUCAUUCCUUUGUCUGUGAAAUCAAAUUGCUGAUGCACAAAAGACGUGUUGUUGUUUGUGUGGUGUAUUGCUGUUUAUCUCCUGACGGGGGCGCUCUGCUAACUGCAGGGACCCCCCAACUCUCGGUGGUCUGAGUUUACGGAUUGAAUGUUUAACAGGUUGUCCUCUAAUUGGAUCAGUCUUCAUGACAAAAACAGCUUCUGUGUCGCAGUUUCUGCUCGUUUUCUAAACCUCUCAGCACAUUAAAAAGCUGCAUGGGGCUUUGUGUGGCUAAUGAGUGUCUGCUCCAACCAAUCACAGACAAAUAAAUGGUAUCCUAGGAACAAAAACACCAUCCAUGACCUUACUGAGUUAAUUUAUUGAUGUUACACCAAGUGUACGUUCUUCUCUGUCCGAGAAGUGACCGAUAUCAUUCCAGCAGCUGCACUGUUUGUACAUGAGGUUUCCAGAUUAAAUUAUGUUUGUGUGCUUGUUUUUUUUUGUUUUGUUUUUUUGUUUGUGAUCGUGUCCAACUGAAAAUGUUAAACUGAGUAAAUGUACAAACAAAAUAAAGAUAU